AGCGAAGAAACUCUUUUCAACGAAUUUAUUUUCAAGCUGUACAAUCGUAUAUAUAUGAUAUUUGGAAAAAAUUAUAUCCCAUGAGGAAAACUAAACACUAUAUGAUGAUGGUGACAAUAAUAAUAGAGCGGAUGAUGACAUAGGCACUUGUGAUUAUAAUAACAAUUCAAGUGCGAAUGAUAACAAAUAGAUUAUGUAAUAUGUGGAAUGGUAAAUAGAAAGUAUACAACUCAGAAGGGGUUGAAAAAAUUGUUGAAAAUGGUAAACCAAUUAAAUAUUAUGUAAUGGCAUUAGACAAGUUUGACAGGAGGAAAUCAAUGUUUGAUACAUUCCAGUUUGUUGAGGGUAUUAAGGAUUUUAAUGCUCUAAACAAGACGUUUUCAUUAGACAUCACUUCAUUGUUCACGAGUAUGCCACUCACCGAGACAGUCUGUUGUGUAUGUGACUAUAUUGCAGCACAUAAUUUAGACGUAGGACUACCAACUAGCUGCUUGAAAGAGCUUUUGUUGAGGUGCACAUUUAAUGUCCAAUUCAGUUUCAAUAAUCAAAUCUAUAGGCAGAAAGAUGGGAUUGUGAUGGGGUCACCAUUGGGACCACUGUUAGCAGAUUUUUUUCAUAUCGGAACUAGAAAAUUCACAACUUCGUCAAACUAUUGAUAGCUUUGACUUUUAUAGAAGAUAUAUGGACGACACGUUUGUUAUUUGUGACAAAACAUUGACCUAGACGAUGUUCUUCGUUCAUUCAAUGAAUAUCAUCAAGCCCUCAAGUUUACCAUUGAGAAGGAAUCAGAAUAAACUACUCCUUUUUCUUGAUGUGCUUCUCACCCGAUGUCAGAAUGGAUACCUCAAAAUAUCCAU